AUGGAAACUAAAAAACCAAUAAAUCAAGAUAUGAGAGAUACAGUUCUAUUGGCCGAUUCUCUGAAAUGGAAAUCAAACUUGAUACUAGAAAAUGAUCUUCGUUUUGAUCCGUCCUGUUGUGGUGUUAAUCUGUUUAUUUCGGAUGAAAAUAUUCAUUUGAAAAAAAUCACAAAUACAGCGGCGUGGCGUACAUGUCGAGCAAUGAACGCUGGUUGGUCAGAAGGCAUUCAUUAUUGGUCUAUCCGAAUCAAUGAUCGUGGUCCGGAGGGUUACGUAAUGAUUGGUAUUGUAACAGAAAAGUUCGACACCAGUAAAGCCAUCUAUCCAGGAAACACAGCUGAUAGCUAUGGUUUCUAUGUUUACAACGGAAAUAAAUAUAAUGGUGGUAGUUCUGUAGCAUUCAUCAGUGAUCUACCAAAAAAUAAUGAUGUCAUUGGUGUACUUCUCGAUUUCGAUUCUCGAACAUUGAGUUAUUUCAAAAACGGGACAAUUCUGGGUACAGCAUUUGGUUUAUUGCCAGUUAACGGCAGUGCUACGAAGUAUUAUCCAGCAGUUGGAUUCUAUAGUUUAGGACAAUGGGUUAACUUCGUCCAUACAGCCAAAUUCUAA